AUCUAUAGAUGUACCUAAUGUACCUAUUAAAUAAAUAAUCCAAGAAAUGGCUGAGACACCUGCACCUGGAUUCAAUGCUCGUGUUGGCAUGCGUGUUGAAGUCAUAGGAAAAGAUCAAAUCGGUACAAUUUGCUAUGUGGGCAUGACCGCAUUUGCUGCUGGCAAGUGGGUUGGUGUUGCUUUAGAUGAACCAAAUGGCAAAAAUGAUGGCUCAGUGCAAGGAAAAAAGUAUUUUGACUGUUCUCCAAAUCAUGGUAUAUUUGUUCGACAAACACAACUUGCAGAAAUUAAUGAUCAAUUACAGACAACUACCUCAGGAACUAUGUUACCAUCAUUACAGACAACUACCUCAGGAACUAUGUUACCAUCAUUUUCAAGUGGAAUAUUAAGCCCUCGGAAAAUUGGGAUGACACCCUUAAAGAGCCAACCUGCUCCACAAUCAGGUCUAGUGACACCUAAAAUUUCUUCAUCAGCAGAAACAGUGUCUACAUCCUCUUCAAUUCAAAAUGUGUUAGAAGCAUCUAAUGAAAUACCUGUGGCAACGCCUGUGGCAACUUCAGAGAAAAUAAAAUCAGGGCUUGCAAAACCCAAGUUAGGCAAAAUAUCAAACUUGGAGGAAUUAACUCCACCUAAAGAAAGUAAUUUACCUGGAAAACCAAAGUUAAUACCAGGGUUAAAUACACAACGCCCAUCUAAUACUCAGUCAGAAUCUAGCAUUCAGGUUGAUCCCAACAUUCAAUCUAAUAAUCAGCGUUCUAGUUUUAUUUCAAAACGUGGAUCAAAUCUUGGAUCCCAACCAACAGAAAUACCGGAGACAACUAAUGAGAGUUUGAAUGUUGAUUUAAUGCAAAAGAGCGUAGAACCUACUCUUCAAGCAUCUCGUGUUCCAUCAGAAGAAUUUUUAGAACUUCAGAGAAAGUUGAUUGAAAAAGAAAAAGCAAAUUUAGACUUGGAAGAGAAGUUGAAUGUUCUGAAACAAAAAAGAAUUGCAGAUCAAAACAAAAUUAAAGAAAUUGACAAGAUUAAGAUGCAGAAUCAGCAGCUUUUAGAAUACAAAGCAAAGUGGCAAGAAUCUACAAGAGAGCUCCAAAUGCAAAUUAAAGCCUUACGAAAUGAGGCUAAUGAUGCAGAUAAUCUAAAAGGGCAAAAUGAGCUUAAUGAACUACAGGAGGCUGUUGAAAUGGCUACACUUGAUAAGGAAAUGGCAGAAGAAAAAUAUGAAAGUUUGCUACAAGAACAUGAGCAUUUAAAAGAAAAACAUGAAGAAGUAACUUUAGAAUUGGAAAUACUCAAAAACGAGAUCAGUGAAGGAGGUGUAGGGACUGUUGCUGCAAAUGCUGAACUUAAGCAAAUGGAGCAACAGAACAUUCGACUGAAAGAAGCUUUAAUCAAGUUGAAGGAUAUUGCUCAAAAUGAUAAGUCCGAGCUUUCCAAUUCUCAAAAAGAAAAUAAAUCAUUAAACCAAAAAUUAUCUGCAAUUGCAAGUGAGAGAGACACACUACAAGAAAAGUUGAGACAUAUGGAAUCUCAAGUUGACGAAUUAAAGGAGCAGGUGGACUUUGCACUUGGAGCAGAAGAAAUGGUUGAAAAAUUGACAGAUAAGAAUCUUGAACUAGAGGAGAAAAUAGAGCAGUAUGAAGAAACCAUCAAAGAUCUGGAAGCUCUUCGUGAAUUAAAUACAGAAUUGGAAGAAGGACACAUCAUGACAGAACAAGAUUUAAGAGAAGAGUUAGAGUUAGCAGACAAAAAAAUAGAUGAGUAUGAGAAGCAACUAGCUGCCCAUGUUGAGCAGAUAAGUGAUUAUCAGUCAACCAUUUUAAAGUUCAGAGAGCUCGUACAGAAUUUGCAGAAUUGUAUUAAAGAACUCCAAUCAAAUGGAUCUUCUUCUCAACAAGUUGAUCUUGACUCUACACCUGUACCAGAUAUUGAUUUUAAGACAAAAAUAAAGCAAUACAAAAGGGUGAUUUUGAUGGCAUUUGUUUAUUGCUGCUACUAGAAAGGUUGAGAUUUAAAUGUGAACUUUUAUCUGCUCAAUUACAUGAAAAACAUGAUAUUCAAGAUAUCAUAGAAGAAGGACAAUUAUUAAAUGAUUCAAAAGGUGAUCAAGCAAGUCAUGCUUGUCUUUUAGCUUACAAUCUGGCUCAGUUUUAUGUUAUAGUAUCUCAGUUUAUGAGAGCAUUAUAUUGUUGUGAUGUUGGUACAUUUAUGCGUGCUUCUGCUCAGUAUCCUGAGUUAGCUGUCCACGAAAAAAUGCUUGAUAACUAUAUUGAGUUAUUGAGUAAAGAUUUGUUAGAUGAUACUGUUUCUAUAGAAGUGUUUGAGAAAACCAUUAAUCAAUAUAUGAACAUUUAUAAAUUACAUUUGGGAAAUGCACUUCGUGAUUGUACAGAAUUUUUAGCUGAUUCAUUAGUUAGAUUUAACAUUGGCUCUGAAUGUGUAUCAAUUGAUAUACAGCGUUUAAAAGGGAUAUCUAAGAACUGUAAAGAAGGAAGCUCUUUUGUAAAUCUCAUUCAUUUUAUUGAACUCAAAAAUAUGGAAUUAAAACAGUUUUGUAGAAAGAUCAGGCGUAGAAUGGUGCAGGAUUCAAGUACAACAUUAUCAUAUCCAGAUCAAGUUGUCGAAGAAUUACUAACAGCACAAGAAGAACAGGGAAUAUUGGUUAAAUACAUGCAAGAUUUAGCGUCUGUUCUGUCUUUAAAAGCGUCUCAACUUUUUGAAAAUGAGUUUUUAUUGCCUGAACGUUUGAUGGAAGCAGCAGAAGAUUGUGUUACACUUUUUUUUAAAUCUGACGAUGAUCCAAUGGAUGUGUUAAGUAAGAGUUUCCAUAAAAUCUUAUCAUGUUUAUCAGGGAUUGCUUUAAAAUUACCAGAAGGAGAUUAUGAUACUGAACCUGAAAAGAAGCGAACACCUCCUUACCUUGAGAGAGCAGCUAUAUUUAAAGAUGAGCUAUCUUCGUCUAUGAAAUUAGAAAACAUUAUUGAACAGAAAGAUCAAGAAAUAUUACAUAUUAAAAGGAACUUAAAAAUUAAGAGUGAUGACUUAAGUGAAGCAAACAUAAGAAUAAGUUUACUUGAAAAAAGAGCUGAUAAUGCUGCUAAAGAAGCUGAUAUUAAAGUAGAACAGAUGGCUAAGAAGCUAGAGGCAACUGAAAUUGCUUGCCGUGAGAAAACAAAGCAAAGUGAAAAGACAAUGGAUGCAUUACAAAGUGACAUUGAUGCUCUAGAAAAUGAAAGAAGUGAAAUGAGGAAAAAGUUGGAAAUAUUAAGUAAAAAGACGAGUAUUGAUAUGUCUCGAACAUCCAGCUUGCAAAUGCUGUCACCUGCAAAAGCUGGAUCAACAAUUGCAACAUUAGCAAAAGCAGGUGUAGCUGGGGCUUCACCUUCAGUACAAGUUGUUCUUAAAGAUUCGCCUGUCUUUCUAGCUCAAAUGGAGGGGCAAAAGAAAGCUUUGGAAUACCUACAAACAGAAUAUUGGUCGCUGAAGUGUGAAAAGAUGAAAAAUGAUUUGGCUUCUUUACCGAAACCUUAUAUCCCAAAUAUUGUGUGGAAAGAUGGCAAAUUUGUUAAGAAUUCAUCUGACAGUUCUAAAAAAACAUCUCAAAGUGUUCUUAAAGAAUGCAAUGGGUUGUACCAAAAUCUUCGAAAUUUGUCUGCAUUUCCAAAGGUUGUUGAUAUAACAAAAGGUUUUACAAAAGAUGGAUUAUACCGGCCAUCUCCAGAAGAGCAACUGUUUCAACAGAAAGAUUUACUUUUUAAACUUAGUAAACAAAAGGAUGAGCUUUCAAAGAAAGUUCAGGAAGUCAUUACCGAAGAGCUUGUGGGCGGAGUAGUUCAUAGCUAUCUGAGAGAUUUUGUUUCACCCCAAUACUCUAGGCUCAACCAGGAGAAGAUUUCUCCAGUACAUGUUGCGACCCUUCGAUUUCCAGUUACUAAUAAUGAAGUAAAGCCUGGAGUUCAUAACGUCACGGUGACAGCUCAAGAAUUUAUGCGCAUUCAUGAAGUACUUAUCCACAGUUAAUUAUUUAAAUUUUGUGUUUAUUAUAUAAUGAAUUAUAACCCUUCGGUUUCUUAUUACUAAUAAUAAAGCGAAGGCUGGAGUUCAUAACGUCUCAACAUAACAGCUCAUAAUUUACGUCAUAACAGCUCAAGAAUUUACGCGCAUUUAAAAAAUACUUAUCCAUAGUUGAUUAUAUAAAUUUUGUAUUCAUUAUGUAAUGAAUUAUAAGGAAACAAGUUUA